AUGUCUGAGCCAGAGUUUGAGCAAGCCAGGAAGGAGCUCGUCUCCACCCUUGAAGCCUCCUCCCUCUUCCAGAAGAACCCAGAGUACAAGAAGGCGCUCGAGGUCGUUUCCGUCCCGGAGCGCAUCAUCCAGUUCCGUGUUGUGUGGGAGAACGACAAGGGCGAGUGCCAGGUGCAAAAGGGAUACCGUGUGCAAUUCAACUCUGCUCUCGGUCCCUACAAGGGCGGCCUCCGCUUCCACCCCACCGUGAACCUGUCCAUCCUCAAGUUCUUGGGUUUCGAGCAGAUCUUCAAGAAUGCCCUUACCGGCCUCAACAUGGGCGGUGGUAAGGGUGGAUGCGACUUCGACCCCAAGGGCAAGUCUGACAAUGAGAUCCGCAAGUUCUGCGUUGCCUUUAUGAGGGAGCUCAACAAACACAUUGGUGCCGACACGGACGUGCCCGCGGGCGACAUCGGCGUUGGUGGUCGCGAAAUCGGUUACCUUUUCGGCGCAUACCGAGCGGAGCGCAACCGCUGGGAGGGCGUCCUCACUGGCAAGGGAGGCUCAUGGGGAGGUAGCUUGAUCCGCCCCGAGGCCACCGGUUACGGUCUUGUCUACUAUGUCGAGCACAUGAUCAACUACGCUUCAGGCGGAAAGGAGUCGUUCAAGGGCAAGCGCGUUGCCCUCUCCGGCUCCGGAAACGUUGCCCAAUAUGCGGCUCUCAAGAUCAUCGAGCUUGGUGGCACCGUCAUCUCUCUAUCUGACAGCAAGGGCGCAUUGAUUGCCGAAGAUGACCAGGGCUUCACCCCCGACAUCAUCAACCAGAUUGCCGACCUCAAGCUGAAGCGCCAGGCCUUGACCGCUCUGGAGAACCACAACUUCAAGUACAUCGAGGGAGCCCGGCCCUGGAAGGAGGUCAAGAAGGUCGACGUCGCCCUCCCCUCUGCGACACAAAACGAAGUCUCCGAGGACGAGGCCAAGGCGCUCAUCGAAGCCGGCGCGAAAUUCAUCGCCGAGGGCUCCAACAUGGGCUGCACCCAAGAAGCCAUUGACGUCUUUGAAGCCCACCGGCGCGGGAAGAAGAAUGAGGCGAUUUGGUACGCACCCGGCAAGGCGGCCAAUGCCGGCGGCGUCGCCGUCUCGGGCCUCGAAAUGGCGCAAAACUCCCAACGCCUCUCCUGGUCGGCCGAGGAGGUGGACGAGAAGCUCAAGGGCAUCAUGAAGGACUGCUUUGAAAACUGCCUGGGCACCGCAAAGGAGUACUUUACCCCUGCCGAGGGCGAGUUUCCUUCCCUGGUUGGUGGUGCUAAUGUUGCUGGCUUCCGCAAGGUCGCUGCUGCUAUGCAUGAGCAGGGUGAUUGGUGGUGA